AUGCGCCUGAUCGUCGCCACGCUCGCUGUAGCGGCCGCUAUCGCUUGCAGUGCCGACCAGCACAUCCCGUCGCUUUCGUUCGCGAACGGUCCGUACAUUGACAAUGGAACCGGCAAACUACGGGGAGUAUACGCCGCCGAUGACGCUAUCGGCACAAACGAUGAAGAGAGGAUUGGUGCGACCACGAUGGAUCCUAUUGCGAAAGUGACGACAAAGAAGUUUACCUUAGGUCCUUUGGGAAAACCACUCAAGUUCAUCGCAGGACUCGGGGAACGAAGUGCAGCGGAGGUCCGGAAUCUGGUUCGGUAUAUCAUCCCGUUUAUCGCCAUCUCUGGGGCAGAUAUGCCACAUUAUACGACGUGGGACGACGGAUCGUACUCGGUCAUUGCGCAAAGGAUUGGCGGAACGUGGCUCUGCAUUUGGGUGCUCAUUUCGUCUGUCGUUGGAAACCUUGGUCUUUAUCUCGCGGAAAUGACCAAGGACGGGUUCCAACUUGCUGGUAUGGCCGACUCAGGUCUGGCACCACCGUACUUUGCCCAACGUCACCCUGAUACCGGCAUGCCCCGUCGAGCCAUCCUAUUGGCAUUCUUUGUCAUCCUGUUCAUGGGCAUGUUCGACUUCGACACAAUUUUGGGCGUCGACAACUUCUUGUCGGCACUGUCGUCUCUCGUCGAGAUGAGUGCAGCUGUGCGUAUGCGGUUCUCGCAUCCUGAGAUCGAUCGACCGUACCGCGUGAACUUGUCUGAUCGCUCACUGGUGGCGGCCAUGGUACUGCCGUUCACGCUGGGAGUAUUUAUCAUGAUGAACGAAUUGACCAAGUCCUGGAGCAGUUUCUCGCUCAAUGUAGUCGCGCUCCUCAUCGGCUACCUCGCUCAGAAGUUUGUCGAGCGGCAUCCGUACCACGAGUACUCGAAGGUUCUUGAAUCUUCACUCACCUGA